AUGAUGCUGGAGUGUAAUUUUGCAUUCUGCAGCAGUCAAGAUGAGGGCCCGUAUGGGAUUUUUGCUGGAAGAGAUGCAUCCAGAGGUCUCGCCACUUUCUGCCUGGAUAAGGAGGCUCUGAGGGAUGACUAUGAUGAUCUCUCUGAUCUCAACGCUACACAGCAAGAGACCUUGAGAGACUGGGAGUCACAAUUCAUUUUUAAGUAUCACCAUGUUGGUAAGCUGCUGAAGGAAGGGGAGGAACCCACUGUAUACUCUGAUGAAGAAGACAAAGAUGCCCAGGAUGCAAAGAAAGACUAGAGCGUGCAGUGAAGAGCAAUAUGUUUUUGAAUCAUAAAGGAUCAUUUGUGACAUUCCACUUCUGUUUUACGAGUUGCAAGAGCAGCAACGCUUGUAAAA